GUUUAGAGCAUUGUUUCUACACACUUUUAUUUAUGUACAGCAGGAAGAGGUGAAGAGCAGAGCUCCAAAUGAGGUGCAGAAAAAGAGAGAGGAAGGAUUACACACCUGUCCUAUUUAUGUGCCUUUCCUAACUCUCGAUCCAAAGGUGAAGAUGCCUGUAAAUGGAAAUCGCUCUUUAAAGUUACAGUUUGGUCUAAUCAAUCAUGAGGGACGCUACCUUACUGCAGAAAACUUUGGGUUUAAGCUGAAUGCAUCAGCUCCAAGCCUGAAGAAGAAGCAAAUAUGGAUUCUAGAGCAAGACACCCAGGAGACUCAAGUGGUGUAUUUGCGCAGUCAUCUGGGACGCUACUUGGCUUCUGACAAGGAUGGCAAAGUCACCUGUGAGGCAGAUGGCCAUAAUUCAGACUGCCGCUUCCUCAUUGUGCCACAGUCAGACGGCCGCUGGGCUCUUCAGUCUGAGCAAUACCUCCGCUUCUUUGGUGGCUCUCGGGACUACCUGUCUUGCUUCGCACAGAUGAUCACAGAUGCUGAGCUCUGGGCUGUGCACCUGGCUUUACAUCCGCAAGCCAACUUGCUGUCUGUCGCCCGUAAACGUUAUGCCCACCUCUCCCCAGAGGAUGGGGAAAUCGCUGUGGACAGGAACAUUCCAUGGGGUGUAGAAGCUCUCCUGACUCUCGUCUACCUGGAUGGAAAAUACUACUUGAAGACUUGCGAUAGACGCUUCCUCAGCAGUGACGGGAAACUCCUGAAAGAAUAUGGGAGGGCCACAGCAUACACACUAGAGCUAAAGUGUGGGAAGCUUGCCUUUAAAGACUGCGAGGGAAAGUACUUAUCUCCCAUGGGCCCCACAGGGACCUUAAGGUCAGGACGAUGCUCCAAACCAGGCAAAGAUGAACUGUUCGACUUGGAGGAGAGCCACCCUCAAGUGGUUCUGACAGCAGCUAAUGGUCGUUACGUCUCUAACAGGCAAGGUGUAAGCCUCGCCGCCAAUCAAGAGGAUGAAACUGACAUGGAGACAUUUCAGAUGGAGAUCGACAGGGAAAGCAAGAUGUGCACUUUCCGCACCAGCCAAGGGUAUUACUGGGCUGUGGUGGCGCAUGGAGGCAUCCAGAGCACUGCCACAGAAAUAUCUGCAGAUACAAUGUUUUCAGUGGAAUGGCUCAGCCACAAGGUGGCAAUAAAAGCAAGCAAUGGCAAAUAUAUCUGCACCAAGAAGAACGGCCAGUUGCUUGCAGUCAGUGACGCUAUAGGUGAGGAUGAGCAGCUCACUUUGAAACUGAUCAACCGGCCAAUGCUGAUCCUGAGAGGAGCUAAUGGAUUCAUCUGCCACCACAAGAACUCCAACACGCUGGAUGCUGGGAGAUCUGUCUAUGACAUCUUCACCCUGCAGUAUAGCAAUGGAGCUUAUCAUAUUAAAGGUGUGGAUGGGCGGUACUGGUAUGUGAACAGUGGUGGGCUGGUGUGCUCAGAUGGUGAGGCUCCAGAGGACUUCACUCUGGAGCUUCUGGAGCGUGGACGCCUCGCUAUCAGGGGCAAAAAUGGCAAAUACUUACGUGGAGACCAGGGGGGCACACUCAAGGGAGAUGGACUGAGUCUUAGCAGCUCUGCUCUAUGGGAGUAUUAAGUUAUGUGGAGCUGAGAUAUGACACCCUACUCUUCAUGUCACCUCUAAUAAGUAAAAUCGUUAACACCUAUUGUUACAUCAUGUUGUCCUUUAAUUUAGCUGAAAUAGAGACUCACAUAUGCAAAUAGAAGGUGAAGAAAAAGGGAGAACUGACCAUGCAGUAUAUUCAACCAACAAAAGUAUUCACAUUUGUAGCCUCAAACAUAGAAUAGAUCAACUUUGUUUGGUGUUAUACUUUCCGAUCAUUUUCUGGUAGAUGUGAUGCAUAAGCACCAGGUCAUCUCUGAAACUAUGGAAAUAAAUACAUUCAGUCACAAGUGGGCGUAUUUUGAUGCAAACAGACUAAAUUAUUUUUGUCUUCAAUAUUAAUAAUUGCAGCUACUGACAUCCAGUUGUGUAUAGAAGUUACCAUCACUAUACAUUUAUAUGUCAAAUAUUUAGUUUAAAUUAUGCAUAUUGAUGUCCUUUAAUUAUAACAACUAACUUUAAUGUUUAUCAAAACCAGAAUCAAUGAAAAAAAAGUUUUAUCAUUUCAAUUUACAUUUGGGAAAUGAAGCUUCAGACUGAGCUUUUGCAGAACAGACGACCAUCCCUUUUAGAAAUUAGUUUCCUCACAAAGACCCAGACCUUAAACUGAGUUUAUACAUUUUAAGAGGUCGAGUGUUGUGUCUUAUUCCUAACCGGUUAUGAGCUAGAUUUUAUAUUUUGAAAUCAUCCCAGGGCCCAACUGUUUAACUUAAACCUUCCAGCUUAAUUUAAUGGGGAAGUUAAAGAAUUUCAUUCCAUCACAACUCUUUCUUUUUGCAAACCUAAUGCAUAUCAGUAGGCAGAACCAAAGUAUGACACCACCACCACCAUGCCUAACAUAAAAGGUUUCAAGUUUAAACUCCUCACCUUGACUUGUCUAUCAUUUUGCUUUUUGAACUGUGGAUGUAAGAGACUGUAAACGUUUGUUGUGCAUAAAGUUCAUAAAUUUAAAUCAGUUUUAUUCCUAGCUGGUGUCCGUUGAUGUGAAGCUCUAUCACAGGAAGACUGGUCAAAUAUUCAGACAGGAUUAGGCAAAGACCUGACAACAACUGAAACUUGCUUGUUGUGAAACUUUUGUAGAAGUAAUAGUUCAGGUGAAGGCUAAACAUGGUGCAGAGACCCCUGCAUGGAUUUUUUUUUUUUUACCUCUAUCCUGGUGUUUUGUUGUAACAAAUAAUGUUUAUUGAUUUCUCUGCCUCUCCUUUCAUCUAGUGGAAAGCCUGUAAACAUGAAUAGCUUCAGUGAAAGAAGGAAUCGUCUUCUUCUUCCCCAAACUGUCUCUAUAUUAGAUUCUGAAAAUCCUGA